GGUCAGGUCAGCAGUCAGGGAAAGGACGGUCACAGCUGCUCCUGUUUCACUCUGAAGCUUCUGUUUGAGUUUUUCAACUAAAAAACCUCCAUCAGCUCCAGACGACUGCAGCUCCCUCAGCGAAGCAGAGAGACAGUGUUAGUGUGUGUGGGAGGGUAAUAUGAGGAAUCCAGUGACUGUGCUGACCACCCUGUUAUCUGUGGAGUUUGUGCUGUACACAAUGAGUCUCUGUUCGCCUCAGUGGCUGGUUCUGACUGCGGGGGCCAGCGAGGGACUCUUUGCCCUCUGCAGCGCCUACCAAGGCUUCUCCAGCUGCACCACCUUUCCAGCCUGGCUCGGGAGCUACAGUUUGUCAUGGAUGUUCCUGUCUGCCUCCUGCCUGCUGUCUCUGGCUGCUCUGCUCACCGUCAGACCGGCUCUGAUCAGAGGGAGGAAGGCCGUCGCUGCUCUGCUGCUCAACAUCUCCUCCAGUAAAACACACAGCGAACACACUAUAACUCAACAGAUUAACACACUGACACGUCCUCAUUCAGUGUCUGUGCAGCUCAGUGAGGUCGCCCUCUGUGCCGGCUCUCUGAUCUCCUUCCUGGUUUCCAUCGAGCAGCAGGACCCGGAGCUGCUGCACCGUCUCGGCUGGACCUUCUACAUCUGCUGCGCCACCCUGCUCUACGCCUCCCUGGUGACCGUGCUGCUGGGGGUCAUCCACGGUGACGGCGGGCGGGUUGAACCGGCCGUGAGAGCAGGGGCGGCGGCGGUGGAUCUGUCUGUGAUCGCAGCCUGAGCCACAGACACACGAUCAUGUAGAUGUCAGGAAGCUGUGAGUGUUUCUGUCUGUGGUUUCAUUACUGAAAAUAUAAACACAACAAACACAGGAAACACCUGCUCCAUGUGUUUAUUAUUACCUGGCUCAGUCCUCACACACCUGAGCUGAGGCAGGAAUGAGGGAAUCUCAGGUAUUUGGGUUUCAUAACUUUUCAGCUGUGUCUGCAGUGACGGCCAAGAUUCAAUAUUUCCUCCUGGAUAUUCAGACCAGGACCAAGUGUAUGAGGAAGAUCGCUGAAUGAUUAUUUCUUUUUUUACUUCCUGACCCGUCCUCAGCCCGAGAAGGAGGCAGGUGCUGAGUUUCAAAGACCUGAGGAAACAUGUUGAGCUCACAGCGCCUCCUGCUGGUUAAAGCUCUGUGUUGUUAUGUAACUGAACAUUUUCACACCCUCAGGUCAGAGUGAGAGACAGAGGUUCAGCCUGUCAACACACUGACUCACAACCCCACAGCUACAGUACAUACAGACAGAAGAAGAGCUGUGCGUGUCCUUAAUUAUCUCAACAUUACGACGUGUUGCUGAAUCACUGUAGCUAAAACUGCCAGAAUAAUGAAGCAGCUGCAAAAACUCAGCUCCAAAAAACAAGAGAAAAAACAAUAAAACGGGAAAAACGAUCUGUUUUAUUUUGUUUGUUUGAAAAAUCUUUGUCAGAUAUUUUCUUGUUCUGGUCAUUUUACUUUGAUUAAACACUGGUUUCCUCUUUUUAUAGCUUUUGUUUUGGAGAGCUGCUGUAGAGAGAAGGUCUGUGUUUGUGUUCAUUUUGACUCAUUUAAUCCCAAAUCACAUAGAUGAUGUUUCCUUAAAUGCAUUAUCUGGUUCUGCCUCUUAAAGGAAGUUUUUCCUCUUCACUGUCGCCUGGUGCUGCUCAUGGUGCAUCUGUUGGCUCUCUCUGUGAAUACCACAUUUUAAAGAGUUGUGCUUUGGCACUGUAUAAAUAAAAUUGAAUUGAAUGAUGUAUAUU